UAAAAUAGUGUCAAUCACAUUAACAGUAGUUAUAAAAAUCGAAAUGGACAUCGAAGAGAAGCAGUGCAUAUUUCCGCCUAUAGUUUCUCCCAGGAAAUUAAAAUACACCGGAACGUACAGUUUCAAAAAAUCUUCUGGCAAGGAAGAAAGCGAAAUUACUUUAAAACAUGCGUUGUUUGAAAUGGAUGCCACUUUUCAUGAAUUACAAAGGUCGUUCGAUGACUUCAAGUAUGAGCUGGAAAAUGGAAUCAAAAAAUCAAAAGCUUUGGAAAAGUAUACCGGCCUAAUUGAGGAAAUUCACAACGAAGUUCCACUUCUUCAAGGUAAAGAUAUUGAAAAUUCUUCAACAAUUGGUGAAUGCAAAAAGCUAAAGGAACAUAGCGGUGGUAAAGGAAGAAAGAUAAUUACCUACACUGACUGGUUUAAAAGGGAAAUGGAAACGGGGAAGGAUGAGGAGAGAUUUUCCAAAGAAUACGAAAAAACAAUCAAAAAAGAACUACAAGUUAUUUAUCAACUCGAUAAGCAAAUAAAGGAAGUAGAAAAAUCAUUUAAGGAAAUGAAAGAAGAAAACACUCUUUGUGGAAAAUGGGAAGUAAUCCAGAAUUUAUCAAAAAAUUCAAACUAUCAGUCAGGUAGUAAACUUUUCAAGCGCUUUCGCAAUAUGGAGGUAGAUGAAUUGGGUUACGAAUGUGAAAGUAAAUACGAUCACCUAGAAGAGGAGACUGUACUACAGCCUGUUAGAGACUUUAAAGAGAUUGAAAGAGCAGAGAAACCUAACGAAGAGGAAACAGAAACAAAAUCUGAACAAAACAGAUCUGUCCAAGAAAUUCAUGAAAAUAAAACUACAGAAGAAUCUAAAGAAGAUACAGUAAUAGAACACAAGUCAAAGAACGACGAUUCACAAAAAAGUUACUGCCAGUCAUUUAUUCAUCGUAAUAUUGAAUUGGCUAAAAGUUACUCCACUGUUUCCGUUCCUCUGACCGAUGAAGAAAAGAGCCGUCUAGAAACUUUGUUAUCUGAAAUUGACGAGAAUGAAGAUGUAGUAAAUCCUUAUCAAUUGGAACAACUUAAUUCAUCCUGUAACCAACAAAUGUGUACAGCUGACAAAUCCAAGGUGAAAACUAAAGAAAGACAUUCCCUUCAAACUGAGAAUGAUGAAGCCAGAGUUUUUCCAAAUGCUUUCAGACUUUCAGAUGAAGAUCAAAAAGCUUUAAAUGAAAUAGAACGCAAGCUUAGUGGAAUAUCUGGCACAAAGUCAACAUUGAAAUUGGACGAAGAAGCUGAAAUAGAGGAAAAGAUAUUAGAAGAUGAGAAGCAUGGAAAACUUUGGAAACAUGAGCAAUUGCAACUGCGUUUAGAUCAAAUAGAGCAACGUCUAGCUAAUCUUACAGCAAUUGAAGCUAACGAUGGUAUUACAAAUCCACAAAAUGAAAAUGGCGACGAUUUAGAACCUUCUACAACUACCAGCGAUAACAGUUCAACUCAUGAAAAGAAUGACACUUCGUAAUCAACAUUUACAAUUUCGUUAUAUUUUAAUUCAAUAAAUUAGUGUUUUUUGAUCAAAGGUGGAAAUGUAACUUCUGUAUGAACAGGAACAUGUUUUUUUCGAGCAUUGGUCGCAUGCAAUCGAUUUUAAAAAAGAAACUGACGUAACCAAACCCAUCCCUAACUUAAUUUAAUACAGUAACAAUCUGUUCUU